CGUGUUUUUGAGGUUAUCUGUCAGUAGUGUUAUUGUAAGUUCAAUUAAUUUUAUUUGACUACAUUACACGCAAACUAAUUACAAAUUAUGGCAAAGCAUCAUCCAGAUCUUAUCUUCUGCAGAAAACAACCAGGCGUUGCUAUAGGCCGUUUGUGUGAGAAAUGUGAUGGAAAAUGCGUGAUUUGCGACUCCUAUGUACGUCCAUGUACCUUGGUGAGGAUAUGUGACGAGUGUAACUAUGGGUCGUAUCAGGGACGAUGUGUAAUUUGCGGUGGUCCCGGCGUUUCCGACGCUUACUAUUGCAAAGAGUGCACUAUACAGGAAAAAGAUAGGGAUGGAUGUCCGAAGAUUGUGAACUUGGGUAGUUCAAAGACUGAUCUGUUCUAUGAGAGGAAAAAAUAUGGAUUUAGAAGACACUAACUACUGUGUUAUUAGGAUAAC